AUGUCCGAAGCCAGCUCCGCACUCGCUACGGCUGCAUUUACAGUUCUGCCGCUGGCUGUGGUGGUUGUUUUCGUGGUGGGAUCGUAUUUGCACGACAGUCUACAUGGAAGCGGUUUGUCGGGAAACAAAGUUGAAGUCGUGGAGCAACUACUAUUCGGUGGAGGUGACUACCUACGCAAUGUUAUCGUCCUCGGAAUCACCAUUUCUCAGAUCUUCAGCCCAAACAUCCUCCUUGAGAGCAUGUAUGUGAGUCGAUUUCAGGCUAUCAGCCUGAUAAUUGGGAGGACAGUGAGCUUCGCCCUGUGCGUUUUCUUCUGGAACAGGAUAUCAUCAAUGGGUUUCCAAAGCAUCGGUGCAUACCUUAUGCACCGAUACGAGAACCGUUACAUUCUGAUUCUCUACCACAUAAACUCCCUCUUGGGUGCCCUAUACAUCUACAAUAUCUACGCUGGGCCUGUUAUGUUCGGCACUGUGGAACAGUUCAAAACGAGCCGAGCCUUCUUUCUUGUGUUGAUCGGCUACGUAUCGAUAUGUAGCUUUGGUGGAAUGCGGACUACUCUUUUUACCGUCUGUGUCCUCUGGAUAAUGGAAUAUAUUGGUAAGGCUAUGCUGGUACAGCAUACCUACACAGCUGGAACAUUUGAUCUGGAGGGCAUAGAGUCUGAAAAUGAUAUCUGCAAAAGCUCGAACCCUUUAACUAGUUUUGUCGGCAGUUUUUGCCUUCUUAUGGCAGUGCAGCCGGGUUACACAGUCUUCCACGCGGCUGAGUCACCGCUUACAUCAAAAAUCAGCAUGGCUGUGGGUCUUCUUCUCUUUUGGCUGAAUUCGGUGGGUUCCGUUUUCAGCGCCAAUGCUCUCAAGGCUUUUGGACACAAGUAUGAGCUGAAUGGCAGUCGCUGGCUCUACGGCCUUCUACGCUAUCCUCGUGGACCCAAUGAUAACGAGAAAGCUUUCCUGCGCGAUCAAGUUUUCCAGACGACAAAUGUGAGUGGCUACAUGCAUGAGGCCUGGAAUCUUACCUCCUCAGACGUCUUUAUCUUUGUCACCUGUGUCUACUUCCCCCUGGCUGCCUUCUUUUGUCUCCGGGUGACAAUACUGAGCGGAGAGAUCAGCGAAAAGUUUGUCUCCCACCUCCUUCGAUCAGCUAUCAUCAGAUCCGGUUCGGAACUACAGCGUAUGUAUACAGCGCUGCACGGCUGUCUAUGGGUUAUGGCGCUUUCCGGUCUGAUUGUCUGGUACAAACACAUCCACCUGCCCGAAACCCGUACCUUGAACCUCUUCGAGCCUCAAUUCUGCGCCGCCCUCCUGCCUGGCAGUGCUCUAAUCAUAGCCUUUGGAUCAUUGUUUCCGCAGGCAAAACUUGUUCCACUUGCCCUGGCCUGGCUGAUUUCACUGGCUCUCAGUGGUUCUCCCAUCGCGAUGUACCUUUGGAGUACCGAAUAUCAGGAUAUUUUUCAUUCUAUAGUUGACUGGUCCACUCCCCAUCUGACUAGCUGGCAGUGCGUGGGUGCCUGGAGUCUAUUCUUCCAUUUCAUCCUAAACGCCGCCCUCUGUCUCGUUCUCAGCGCGAUGUUUGGAGGCAUCAGAAAUUGGUUCCAACAGUACGACCUGAAGUACAUGACCUACGGCCGCCAACCAUCCAGUUUUACUUUGGCUAUUCAUCGGCCUACUCAAGUGAGACAGUCCUGGGAUGUUGAUUCUUUCGCUAAUCGCUGA